CAAUGGCGCAGGAUUACACAUCAAUUCCGGACAUCUGAUUGCGAUCUCUUAUGUUUGCAAACCGAUAUCUGUUGACAUGAAUGCUGUUUCAUCGCGGACCAACAGCGAGAUGCCUGUUUACGAAAAAUCAGCCCUUUAUCCUCGUUUAGUUAAAUGAUCCCAAUUGGGCUGGCCAAUGUAGCCGUCUUUCAGUUCUGCGCGUUUAGAGCAUUUGUUUUACAGGAUUGUUUGCAUGAUCUCUCAGAAGAGGCUGAUUUAACUCGUCUAUCUCUGGAUUGGUUUAAAGGCACAUCUUCACAUCAGUCGGAUCAAAGAAGAGAUUCGACUUUUUUCAUCCGGGAGUGGGGCUUAAUAUGUCAAGACGAAAACAGACCAACCCUUUCAAAGUGAAUUGGCCUUUUCACACAACUGGGUUGGUAGGACCACAGCACACUUUUGAGAUGGAUUCUCGAGAUGACUUAAUUGAGGACGGUGAAUGCCAUGGCAACAACUCACAGGACCCUGAAGAGCAAGACAGUUCAAGUGACGAUGGUGACAGUGAUUUUGAUAAAGACGACUCAUCAAAUGCGUCUGCUGAUGACAGCAUGAUGAGUCAUAAAAGCAGCGGUUACCACAUGCAACACGAUGACGUCAAGGAGGAGAGCGAGGAGGGAACAGACCAGGGAAGCGGUUAUGUGUGUCCUCUUUGUUCCUUGGAGUUCAGUAGCCCAGAUCAGCUCGUCGCACAUGUCUACCAGCACACAGCAGUGGGUGGCUGUAAAAGUUAUGUCUGUCCUGUUUGUGGACGAGCUCUCAGCUCUCCGGGCUCUCUUGGUCGCCAUAUUCUCAUCCACUCAGAGGACCGCCUGUCCAAUUGUGCAGUGUGUGGCACUCGCUUCACAGACACCAACAACUUCAACAGGGAAAAGUUGAAGGAAUUCCUCAACACGAGCAGUAUAGAGAUCAACAGUGAUGGUGAGGCCUGCUCCAUGUCCAACUCCCUACCUAGAAGCCCCAUGACAAACCCCGGCACCAAUCCUGGUCCUGCACUGAAUUCAUUGCCAGACGGCCUCCUCUCUUCUGCACCUCCUCUUCCCUCACUCUCUGAAAGCCUCAGUCCAUGCAACACGGGUCUUCCACCUCUUCCAGACAUUCUGAACCCAAUGCCCGUGUACCCGGCUGGGGUUCUGUUGGUGUGCAACAGCUGCGUAGCUUAUCAGCAACUUGUGGAUGCCCAGUCUCCAUCCAUGAGAAAGUGGGCAAUCCGUAGGAAGAGCGAGCCUGUGGAGGUGCGGAUGCAGCGGCUAGAACGCGAGCGAACGGCCAAAAAGACCAAACGGGCUUUCGAGACACCAGAGGAGCGUGAAAUGCGCCGCUUACGAGACCGCGAGUCGAAGCGGAUGCAACGGAUGCAGGAGUCUGAUGAGCAGCGUGCACGCCGUCUACAGCGCGACCGGGAGGCCAUGCGAUUCAAACGGGCGAAUGAAACGCCAGAGAAGAGACAGGCACGCUUAAUUCGUGAAAGGGAAGCUAAGAGGCUAAAGAGACGUCUGGAGAAGAUUGACCCAUCACUGCGAAACCAGAUCGAGCAUGAUCCUGCGGCAAUGGCAGCUCUGACUGCUGACAUGAAUCUAUUCCAGUUUUCCUUCCCCAUGUCUGUUCCUUCCAUGGACAAUGGCCUGUUCAUGAAGCUGCCAUAAUGAGCACAGCUCCCAACACCUCUCAGCUCAAAAUUCGGGAAGUAUUUGUUUGCCAUUCUUAAAACAAAGCUUGACUAUGACUGCUAUAGGAUUAUAAUGGUCUAGCAUUUUCAAGGGGCAUUCACUCUGGCAGCAAUUUGCAGCAACAAAGCAACCAGAAGUUAUUAAUUUUCAAUGUGAGUUGGUGAUUUGAGGCUACGUGAACGAUGGAGACCAUUGGCGAUGCGAGAAAGUUGAGAAGAGUUCAACUUUAUGCAAAUGUGCAGUGAAACGAUGCAGCGACUACCAAUGGGAGUUCAAAUGGUGAAGCUCACGUGAUCCACAUUCUUAUAAAGUUCAAUACUGCAGUCAAGUAGGAAUACCUGCUAGCAAUCUACAGUUCAGUGGUCGGUUUUGGUGUGAACCAACCCUAAUGAAUUUAUGUAACAAACUGAAUUUAUAUAAAAAAAAAAUUCCAACGCUGAAAUAAGGGCAAAGAUGUUUCCCUGCCUGUAAGCAUAUUUAGAAGAUUCAUUCUAUUUCAUUUUCAAGACUCGGAUUUAGAUUUUAACCGGCUUUGUUCAGAGCAGUAAGACAUUUCCGUAAAGUUUCUUUGUUUGCACACAGAUUCGUAGUGACGGGAGUGAGAAAUAAAGCCACUCCACACUCUGUUCAGCUUACUGUUCAAAUUUACCAGUCAAAAAGGUUGGAGUUUACCUGUAACCUUGGCUCACCUGCCAGGACCCUAGAUCGGGUCACUGACUAGCUCAUAUUCACAUAACCAACUACCUCACCAUGGGCUCUCUGUAUUGCCCAGUUUACCUUUGGCCUCUGCCUGGAUUGCAGGUGCUGUACAGGCCCACACACUGACUCGACGUUCCUUUUGCCAACAUAUACUACAAUAAUGUUUUUACAGAUUAGCAAAAACUGUAACACAUAGUUUAAACGCUGUUAGGAGGCAAGGAAAAUCAGUGGCCCUGUUUGUGGUCUUUACUCAUGCAUGUCUGUGAAGUCUGUGAGACCAUAGGACAGGGCUACUCCGAUCUACUCCUGGAGGGCCACUGUUCUGAGUUUAGAUCCAACCCUAAUUGAAGACACCUGAACAAGCUAAUCAUGGUCUUUUUGAAGUCAGAUUGAAACCAAGCGAAUUGGAUUUCUGAAACAACUUUCUAAAAUGUUUGUUGAUUGAUUGGAUGCCUAAGCGUUAAGUCCAAAGUAUACUUCGGCUUUCCAUCGGCCGCUAUGUCUCACCUACAGUGCACUACAUGCAAAUUGCCAUCAUCAGUACAGCACUCGUGGAAUGUCCAUGUGCAGCCCAGUUCAGGGUUUCUAUGGACAUGAGAAUUUUAAAAUUGUGUUUUCCAGGCCUGGAAAACUCAUGGAAAUUGUUAAGAUCUUGAAAUUCUAAGAAAUUUCUUUAGUGAAUGUACAUUUUUCCAGUUAUAACAUUUUGUAAUAAUAAAUCAGCUAGAUUUUUCUUGCAUUGUUGUGCUAAAAAAAAGAUAGAUGCAGCAUAAUGAAUAGAACAAAAUGCAGCUGUCUGUAUUGACACUUUAAAACAUGACACCGCUGCAUGUGACACUAAAGGAAAACGGCGCAUGUUUACCCUAAGCCAAGAAAAACAAUGAAAAUAUAACGCAGACAGAUGGGAAAAACAUGUUGGGUGUACACAGUCGAUAAAACUUGCUCGCAAGGGAUGUCCGAUUUGUGAUAGAAUCGUUCUUUUGGGCCAGUGGUGUUUCAAAAUGGCUCAAAGUAGUCUGAAUGAUUCAUUAGCGAAUUGGUCUGAAUUAUUCUGUAUACAGUAAUCACAAAUGCCUAGAUAGGUCAUGGAAAAGUCAUGGAAUUCCAUUGGCCAAACAGGAUGGGAACCCUGCCAGUUUUUGUAGACGGUCCACAUAUUUGCUCGUUGUCUGCACAGGUGCCUGACAUUGAUUGUACUAAAAGAUUAUCAGAAAGCAUCCGUACAGGUUGUGUACUUAAGGUUGAGUGCUCGACUGUGAGCAAAAUGGAAUGGCAUGCAGGAAAAUGAAAGUAUGUUGCAGCAAAAGUUAAAAUUACUUUUGUUGAAGAUGAAGUGUAACUUUCACAAACGAUUGCGUUUUUCCUCUACUCCCUUGUGGCUCACCAUCCCCAUUUAAAUCAAUUUAUUCACAGCACUCUGUGACGCAACAAACUCUAGUGUGUUGGUGCCCUUAUUCACCCUCGAUGCACCCUUUUUGCCAAGGCCGGAACGCUAGACUAGUGCGGACUACUACCGGACUAUGCUGCAUUACGACAUGAAAAUACAGUAUGGAUUCUGAGGAGGUCUGCAAGGUUUGAGGGUGUCAUUUGGAGUAGGGCCUCUACUCUAGACUCGUUUGUCCUUUUGAAAAGAGGCAGGACUUCUCUGAGGAUUUACUGUUAGAUUUAUUGUUUAAUGGAUUCAUAAAGAAAGUAUAUUUCAAAGCACAUACACAUUACUCUGACCUCGAAAAGGCUUUAUACUUUACACAAUGCUACACGGGUUGAUAUUUGUGCAGGUACUCAGGGAUGGUGAGGAUCAAACUGCAUCCUCAAGGCCUGAGAACUCAGAGGAGCAGGAGACCUCCUCUUCCUCAUCUAUCAUCAUCACUAUUUCAGAUCAGGACACUGAACUUCCAAGACAUCCAUAAGGAUAUUACUCAGCUAACCACCCAAUCUCCUUGUCUGCUGCUGUCACUGUACUGUAUAAUGUGUACGUUACCUCUUUAAACCUGUGCGGUCCUGCACUGGAACUGGGAAUGCUUGUUGUGAACAGUGAGGCACUUAGUGUGCUCUUGAUCUCUAUGGCAACAUAUGUAGUGUAUAAAAAUGAAUGUUGCCUUUGUCACUGGAAAGUUGUGCUAUGGUUUUAUAUUGAUAUACAGUUCAAUGAUGUUUUGAGCCCUAUUUCUAUGAGAUGUACAAUGAUGUAAAGGUUUAGAGAAUGCACAUUCAGUAAUCAGGAUGAACACCUAAAAAAAGAAAUCCCUCCAGUUUGAAGCAAUGAUAAUAAUAGUCAACAUGAAAUUAAAAUGGACUUUCUUUUUACACAUUCCUGGUCUUGUUGUACUUGAUCAGUGCAUGUUAUUUAAAGAGGUUAUUUUUAUUAUUAUUAUUAUUUAUUUUAUCUUUUAUCAAAAUAUAAUAACUAGCUCCCACUCUGAAACAACAUUCCUUGCCAUCUGAUGUCACUUUGGCUGCUUGUAAGUAAUGCAGCCUUUAUUAAAUCUUGCUAUCUAAUGCAGAUAAUUUUGUGCUUGUUAAAGGCCAUCCAAAACAUCCAUCCAAAGGUUCAUCCAAAAUAAGAUAAUUCUGUCAUCAUUUACUUUUCCUCUAACUGUUCAAAAGCCAUUUUACUUUCUUCCAUUAAUUACAAAAGGAGAUGUUAAAUAGAAUAUUAGCGACUGACAGCGUCAGUCACCAUUCACUUUCAUUGUGCAUGGUCAAAAUUCUUCCAAAUUUUCCAUUGCGUUCCCAGAAAGUAAGUCAUAUGGGUUUGGAACAGGGGCGGUAUUCGGUGGUGCAUUAAUGUACUUCUGGGCCCUUGGUCUUACUGUCCCUCAGGGUCCCCCUGCCAGAUGUCGGGGGGUGGAACUGUUCUAUGUUCCAUGUUAAUGAUCUAUGAACAUACUCUACAUUGGAUGGCUUGCAUAGUUGCACACCAUCUCCAUAUUUACAACAGCAUCUCCUGGUGAAAGCAUUUAGACCAGUGGUUCCCAACCCUGUACCUGGAGGCACAUUUGGUAUAUCUCCCUUUUCUGACCCACUCAAUUCAGGUCUUGGAGUCUCCACUAAAAAGCUGAUGGGUUGAAUAAGGUGUGUUUGAUUAGGGAGAUACAGUUGAAGUUAAAAGUUUAAAUACACCUUGGCCAAAUACAUUUAAACUCUGUUUUUCACAAUUCCUGACAUUUAAUCAUAGAAACCAUUCCCUGUCUUAGGUCAGUCACCCCCACAACAUCAUGCUGCCACCCCCAUGCUUCACGGUUGGGAUGGUGUUCUUUGGCUUGCAAGCCUCACCCUUUUUCCUCCAAACAUAACGAUGGUCAUUCUGGCCAAAAAGUUAUAUUUUUGUUUCAUCAGACUAGAGGAAAUCUCCCCAAAAAGUUAGAUCUUUGUCUCCAUGUGCACUUGCAAACACUUGUAGUCUGACUUUUAUAUGGUGGUUUUGGAGCAGUGGCUUCUUCCUUAUUGAGCAGCCUUUCAGGUUAUGUCGAUAUAGGACUCGUUUUACUGUUGAUAUAGAUACUUGUCUACCCGUUUCCUCCAGGAGCUUUACAAGUUCCUUUGCUGUUGUACUGGAAUUGAUUUGCACUUUUCACACUAAAACACGUUCAUCUCUAGGAGACCGAAUGCGUCUCCUUCCUGAGCGGUAUGAUUGCUGCGUGGACCAAUGGUGUGUAUAUACUUGCAUACUAUAGUUUGUACAGAUGAAUGUGGUACAUUAAGGCAUUUGGGAAUUUCUCCUACUAUGAACCAGACUUGUGGAGGUCCACAAUAUCUUUUCUGAGGUCUUGGCUGAUUUAUUUUGAUUUUCCCAUGAUGUCAAGCAAAGAGGCACUGAGUUUGAAUGUAUGCCUUAAAAUACAUCCACAGGUACACCUCCAAUUAAGUACACCUCCUAUCAGAAGCUAAUUGUCUAUAAGCUUGACUUAAUAUGCUGGAAUUUUCCAAUCUGCUUAAAGGCACAGUUAACUUGGUGUAUGUAAACUUCUGACCCUCUGGAAUUGUGAUAUAGUCAAUUAAAAGUGAAAAAAUCUGACUGUAAACAGUUGUUUAACAUUACUUGUGUCAUGCACAAAGUAGAUGUCGCUAAAAGACUUGCCAAAACUAUAGAUUGCUAAUAUUAAAUCUGUGGAGUGGUUAAAAACAUUGUGUAUGUAAACUUCUGACUUCAACUGUAUCCAAAAUGUGUUGGGGGGGUUGUCCUCCAGGUACAAGGUUUAUAACCACUGGUUUAGAUGUAAUCCUCCUGUGAAUGUUGAUGGGGAGAAUUGGGUGGCAGGCGCCACUAGAGGGGCACCCCUGGGAGUUGUUGUCCCCUGGUCUUCAGCCAUACAUAAUGUGCCCCUGACGGUACCUGGAUGUGAUCUUUAGGGUGGGUAACUGUUCAUCACUUUGUCUGACUAGGGUUAUCCUCCUUGAUAAUUUCGCAGGGGGGUUGGUCCUCCUUGAUUGUGGUUUGACGUUGUUCUGUGAGGCCGUCAGACGUUUCAGGGGGAGCUCAAAAAUCUAGGGGGGUCAUGCCUCCCCAGUUUAGACCAGGCCAUGGUUUGUUAUGACAUUGGGGUGAGUAAAUGAUGACAAUUUUUAUUUUGUAAGGUUAAUAAUAUAAAUGUUACAGUAAUAGUUUUGGGAAAAGAAUCAUCAACAUUAGGAUACAUUGAGGGUGAACUUGACCUUCAGACUCCAUGUCCCAGUAAAAAAGCCUUGUAAAAAAGACUCGCAAUAGACUUUAUACUGAUCUGGCUCCAUUCUUAUGUAGAUUGCCCACUUUUCAUGAUCCAAUCAAUGGCCAUACUUUUUUACAUUUGAAUAUUUUUAAAUAUAUGAUAAUGAGCUCAUUUAUAUGCAUAACCUUAAAUCCAUUACGUUUAAAAAGCAGAUAACAAAUAAGGUCAGGUAAACGUCUAAACGGUUUAAGCAAAAAUCAUGUAAACACCUUAACCAGCCUUCUUAAAGACAUAUCUAAUGUGCGCAAAACUGUUUGUGUUUUUACAUCAAAAGUACAGAAUAAUCAGAUAAUUUAAUCUCAUGUAAAUGUUUUUCAAUAGCUGAUUUUUGAUAGUUUUCAUUGUAUGGCUGUGCAUGUAAAAGCGCUCAAUAUGCAAGUAAAAUGGGUUGCAAGGAAUUUCAUGUUGACAUUAAUGUUUACUCAGUUCUCAGUGUUUCAUAUUGGAGGGGGAGACAAAAGUCAUGCUAUCAUGGACCACUGUACAUCUGUAAAUCUUGAAACUCUUGAAAACAGGGUAGGAUUUUUAUGACAUGUAUGUGUUAUUUAAUUCCAAUACCUAUUGCAAGUUAUUACUACAGCGAAUGUCACACCUCUCAGUGUUUAGUUCUGUGUAAACUUUCACAAUGUGUUCAUUUACCAUCUUUAGAGAUACCUCUAAUACUUCAAGUUCAUGCACAAUUAAAGGCAACACAUUUAAUGCUUAUUAUACUGGAUCUGUCCCACAUUUGUGCUGUUUUGAUGAUGGUUUUUAAGUAAAAGAAGGGAUGUAUUGCAUAUGUUUAGCUCUCAAAGGUGUUCUACACAUCACUAUGCAAUUGAGAGCUGUAGUCAAAAACCUUGGACACUUUGUAUUACUACUAUGCAGUUGAUAUGAAAGUAAUGGACUCCAAUCACAACUCACCAGAUCACAAACCUCAGGCAACUCUUAACAGUCAAGCCAACAGUUGGCCCUCAAGUAAAUAACUUUGACCAUGGAGUCCAUCCUUACGUUUGAUUUGUAUGUUAAUGUGUGCAGAUUUAUGAAGAAUGACAACAAUAUACAGUAGCAUUCAAGUGCUGCUCACCUCAACUCAAGACAAAAUUGACAGAUUUUAAGAUUCUCUUCGAUACAAAAUGUGUGGCUUUUAUAUUUUAAAGAUUAAAUAUUAAUAUACAAAAAAAGAGAAUUUUCUUAUGUUUGGUAACCAUAUUUAGUCUCUAAAUUUUUCCUAAACUAGUAUUUUAUGUAAUAUGCAUUGCCAUGUGACAUUUAUGUAUUCGAACCCAUUUCAUUUGCACAUAUGUCAGUAAGCCACUGACAAUGGAACUUGCAUGUUAUAAACUACAUGUUCUAGAAUAGAUGCAUUUAUAUGAGCUACGUUUACGUGUCCAUUUCAUUAAUUACCGAGUCCAAAAAUGAUUUGCCUUUUCUUAGGUCUAUCUAGAUAUUUCCACUGUAAUGUUUACAAAUCUCUACAAGGCCAAAAUGAAUGAAACGUAAUGGGAGUGACAAGAAUAGCUGUGUAAUUACCUGGUCAUGCCACCAAAUGGUCCUGUUUAGAAAGCCAUGUUCUGUUAUUUGGUUAACGGAUUGAAAGCUCAUUAUAAAAGCAGGAUUAAAAUGUGAA